AUGGCUCCACAGCAGAGAAUCCGCAUGGCCAACGAGAAGGCCAGUCGCAACAUCACCCAGCGCGGCAAUGUGCCCAAAACGAACAAGACCGCUGAGGAAAAUGUGUACCCCGUGGGACCCUGGCUGUUGGCACUGUUCAUCUUCGUCGUGUGCGGAUCGGCAAUCUUCCAGAUCAUCCAGUCGAUUCGCAUCGCGUAAUGAACGAGCAACAUCGCAACAAUUACAUCUCACA